GCCUUAACCAGGAAGUGAAAAAACAUCAACAACCCUUCCAGGUUUCAGGCGACAGGGCGAAGUGUCAGAGGAGCCUAGCAGAGAGCUAGCUAAGCGGAGAUUCUCACGGGUGGUUCUGUUUUUUUAUAUAUAUAUAAUUAGUGUACUUGUAGCUCCCCCCUCCCUUUAGAUAAUGUCGUUGUUUGCUAAGAUCUUCGGAGGAGGAGGAAAAGGAGGAAAAGGACCGAGUCCACAGGAGGCGAUCCAGAAGCUCCGAGAGACGGAGGAGAUGCUAACCAAGAAGCAGGAGUUCCUAGAGAAGAAGAUCGAGCAGGAGUUGCAAAUCGCCAAGAAGAACGGCACAAAAAACAAAAGAGCGGCUCUGCAGGCUUUGAAAAGAAAGAAGCGGUAUGAGAAGCAGCUCGACCAGAUCGACGGCACGCUGUCGACCAUCGAGUUCCAGAGAGAGGCUCUGGAGAACGCCAACACCAACACUGAAGUGCUCAAGAACAUGGGCAUCGCUGCAAAGGCCAUGAAGUCUGCCCAUGAAAACAUGGACAUCGACAAAGUGGACGACCUGAUGCAGGACAUUACGGAGCAGCAGGAGCUGGCUCAGGAGAUCUCCGACGCCAUCUCCAAACCUGUCGGCUUCGGAGAGGAGUUUGAUGACGAUGACCUGCUGGCGGAGCUGGAAGAGCUGGAACAGGAGGAGCUGGACAAAAACCUGCUGGAGAUCGGGGGACCAGAGAACGCCCCCCUCCCCAACGUGCCUUCUACUUCAAUAUCCAGAACUGGCAAGAAAGAGGAGGACGAGGACGACAUGGAGGACCUGCAGCGCUGGGCGAUGGAAGCCAUGUAAACGCAGCAUCUGCCACAUCAUACCUGCAUCAGAGAGGGAAGAGGAAGGAGCAAGGAGGGAUGAAUGGACAUGAUAGUGAUGUUGUGUAUGAGUAUAUUUUUGUGUGUCUGAGGUGAGCUGACUUUAUGUAACACUACGAAAAAGCAAAAAUGCUGUAGAAAACUUUGUUUUCCUGUCCCCUUCACGAAUACAGAAACCCCUGGGUGCUCCGCAGACAAGCCAGUCGGGGGCUUUUAUAUUGAAGCUCUUAUCACUGUACUUUGGCAACCUAACAUCAUAUAAUGUCACCUAAUAGUUUUACCCUCAAUUUUAACCCAAUACUAGCACUUAUUGAUCAUUGUACUGCACGGGCAGGGCUCUUUCAGCGCCCACAGAGUUCAUAUUGAGGAGUAUUACUGUGAGCUCUGUAGGUACGAUAAAGGAGAUUUCAGAUUAGUGUUACAGGCAUCGUGGCGUCGCUAACGUCACUGGAUGGCAGGGAAGUUUAAUUUCAUGGAGGUCUAAAUCCUCAAAAUCUGUUUCACAUGUUUACCUGUGUUUGUGGCGUUAAACUGGCUGGAUGUUUGUUUUUUGUUUUUUUCCCUUAUUGACAAAAAUAACAGUCCUUAGCUCUCUUGUUUUUUUUGUUAAUGCUGUGGAAAAUAGGAGAACAGCUGAGCAUGAGCUGGAUGAAGAAGCUACGAGCUGUGUGUGUUUGCCAGAACCUCUUUCUUUUGUUUCAGGCUGCGUGCUUUGUCCCUUUCCCUCUUCUUCCUCCUCUUCGCCUCCUGUCGCCGUUUCAGCGACGUCCCCCCCUCACCAGUGGUUCUUGUUAUUUGGUGUAAAUAUCCCAAAUGUGUCUCUUUUUAUAUCCUGUAUUUCUGCCAUCACGGAGAGGUCGUGUUGGGGUUGUGUGAAGCAUGCAACAAUGGGGGAAAUCACAAUACAGAUCACAACGCACGGCUAGAAAGAGAGAUGUUAAACCUUAAACAGUUUCAUCCUGCUCUGCCUGUCUCAGUCCUUCCCAUGAGGGGUUUUUGUUUCAAAUUGUAUAAUGUUGAAAAAAAUAAUAAUAAUAAUAAUAAACUAUUGUCACACCUUAUUAACUGCAUCUUGAAGGAGAUGGUGGUUUGUAAAAGAUUAGAUUGUAGUCAAUCUACAACAUUUUGAAGUUUAAAGAGUUAAUUCCUUUAGUUUUUCAAAGUCAUUAUGUGCAUUUUUUACAUAGAAAAAAAAAACAUAACACAAGGACGGAUGGACAAGCAUGUUUGCAUUUCUGUUUUAUUUAUCCAGAUGAGAAUAUUAUUUGCAAAAUCAUUAAAGGUUUUCAAUUCUUU